AAGUGGUUUUUGCUGCAGGUCUGAGAAAGGGCAGGCUGGCAUGGAGAAAGAGAAGUUCCAGCAGAAGGCUCUGAAGCAAACUAAGCAGAAGAAAUCCAAGUCGGCUGAAUUUCUGAUGGUAAAAGAAGAGAGAGCAGCAACAGAAGGCAUUGAAAAUCCAGCUUUUAACAUCAGCAGCACAGAUCUUUCAGCAUAUCAGCCUUCGGAAGAGAAAGUUAUUAGACAUGACAAGCCAGAUAGCACCCUUGCAGCUCACCAACAAAAACUCGGGCUGCAAGCCCAUGCUGAACUAAGAGGAAAUGAAUACAGCAGAAAUUACUUUGACCCGUUGAUGGAUGAGGAAAUAAACCCAAGGCAGUGUGGGAUGGAGGUCAGUGAAGAAGAUCCUGUGAAAUUUGAUGAGCAAAUCCUGUAUGGUAAACUGAUGAAGCUUCUAGAUGAAGAAAGCAAGAUGCUGGACUUCCAAGCCUGUGUCACCAGUGAAGAUUUUCCAGACUCCGUGAUGCCUGUCAGCUCCAGUAAGGCACGUGACCUUCACAGGGAGCUUGAAGAUGAAGAGAUUCCUUCAUAUAUUGAACAGUUUGAGAGAGAUGUUCAAGAUGACAUAAUUCUGCUUGGCAGCUUUUCACUGGAACAGGUUGACUGCUCCAAGACACCUCAGCCGAUAGAAAUUCACAUCAAAUGCCUGAGGGGAGUCAAAGAUAAGGUCCCUAAAGGCCACUACACCCUCAAAGUUUCUGUUCUCAGCCGCUUAGGUGGUGUCUCACUGGAGUGGCCCAAAGAGAAGGAGCAGCCUCAGGCCAGGACAACGCUGCCUGUUAGUCAUGAUGGAAACUUUUACAACACUGAAAUCUACUUCGGACAAAGUAUCCAGACAGUUCUACCACCUAGAAAAGCUGUGAAGCUAGGCAUGGUGGUCCUCUUUGAACUCCUCCUUCUUCGUGGGGCCUGUACCUGGAUUGAUCGAGAAGUGGGAUGGGGAGCUUUUCCCUUGUGUGACAACAAUUUUAAUGCUUUGGAAGGAAAAUUUAAAUGUCCCUUUCUCAGAGGCCAUUAUGACUCCAAAGUUGAUCGAUUCAAAAAAAUUGAAAAUUUUAUUUCUCAAGACUUGGAUCAUUGGUUAUGCAAUCUCUACUUUCAGAUAAUUAAACUACCACAGGAUUCAGAUAAGCAAAAUAAGUGUGAUAUGCACCUUCAUCUCCCACCUGAGCUUCUCAUGUAUUCAAGCAUUGCUGAAAAGAAUGGUGUCUCGGAGAAGGUUGAACAAUCUGGACCACAAGGGCAACCUCUGACCUCCCCGAAAGAUCCUGACACCCAUAAGGGAAGUAUUCCCACUGUUGUAAAGGAAGUGGAAAAGCAGUUUAAUGCCGUGAAAGGAGGAGAAGCGUGUGUGUCAGAAGAAGCUAGGAAGAAAAGAGAAGAGCUUAAAAUGCUUCCAGCAGAGGACGAUUUUAAGCAAGAUUGCCGUGGCAGUGCAGAUGAGCCCUGUGACUCAUUUUGGCCAAAGGAAGACCAAGGAGGACAUUGCAAGAUCAGCUGGAAUAACUCACCUGACCAAUGUUAUCAAGAAAAAUCAGGUCCUGGGAACAACGCAAGCCCAGAAGAAGGGAAAGCAUCUGCAGAGAGCAAUUUUUACUUGGAGGAGUUAGAGAAAUACACUUUUUCUGUAUGCUGCCAUUCUGCUGCUGAAGUGAAACUGCCCAGGCGGGUUGUCGAUCGUUUCCAUUUCGUGGUAUACGCAGCCUUCUCAGAGCUGGGAGCUUCUCACUGGCGCUCCGGGGACUUCUGGCUGCUUGUGCUGCUCGUAGUUUUGCUUUGGUUCGUGAGACUUUACCUGCAUUAUUUGAGCCAAUGGCUCUUCCUUCAGACCAUCUCGGUUCCUGUUACAAAAUUCCAGCUUUUCCUUCACACUGUCGAACUGUGCUACCAGAACUCCUUGCUGCAGACCAGUGAAGAGUUGGUCAUGGUUGUGGUGGGACCCCUAACCUUGAACGCAGGGCUGCUUCUUAUGGUCCUAAUCAGAUGGGGCUGUCAGCAGCUGUUUGACUCAUUCCCUUCCUUCUUGUCAAAGUUUAUCAUAGCUAUGGGACUCUGGACAGUGCUAGACCCCUUGGCAGUGUUCGUAGUGGAUUCAUUCCUGGGGCGACUUGGGAACAGUGUAGAGAAACCUAUUGCUGAUGCUGCAAAGCUCUACUGGGUCUUUCUAAGAGCAGAAGAGUCAGGGAUUCCUGGUGCUUUAAUCACUGUGAUGCUUUAUACAAUCCUGUUCAUCAUCUCAUCAACAGUGUUGUACCUGUACUUUUUAAGGCUACAUAGCGAAGGUUGGCUGUUGGAUGUAUUUCGACGUAUUCAUGGGGAGGAAGGCACGUUCUUUGUUCCACUGGACUUAGAGAUUUCCAGUCAGGAGCUGAGCUACAUUGUGAAGAGGGCUGAGCAGUGGAGAGGAAUCAAUGGUGAAAGACGGAUGGUGGCAGUGUGUGAUUACAUCUGGAAGGACCACGCCGGCAAGGCUGGUGGCUCCAGCUGUGACCUCCAGCACCAGGAUGAAAUCCCUGCCUCUGCACCUACCCCCAGAGGUAGCACCACCGUUCACGUCUCUGUCUACACGGUUCACCUCAGCGGCUUCCAGGAGCUCUACAGGCACUUCCUCAGGCUACCUGAUGGGGCUAUCGUUGAGGCAUUUGGUGAUAUUACUGGAGAAAGUGUUUUGUGUAAUGAAAUGAGCACAGCCCAGGAGUGCGUAAACGAAAUGGACAGCGUGUUGCAUACAUCUUCACAUAUCAAGCUGAGGGAGAGGAAAAAGAGUACAGCAAGGUGGAAAGGAAAUCACGUUGUCUCUGACAAGAGCUAAUUCCUGCCGUAAUGCAUAGUCCACAGAGUUGUUUACAUCCUGAUCCACGUCCAUGGUACGGUUACCGUCUGACAGGAUUUACGGUUCUGACGUCUACACCGCUGUGUGUACAGUGUUGUCCUGCAAAUGCUCCGUUCAUAGCUCUUCUGUGGCUUCAACAAGCUUUUCAGUGUGUUAGUUCACUCGAUCAGAUCACUGAUUGGAUCAUGCAAAUAUAAUUAUUUCAGAUGAUUUUUUUCUCCGUCCAAAUAGUGGGACAUUCCCAGAUUUCUCAGGUUUGUUUCUUCCUGAUUUUUUCAGGUUUGCUUGUACCUGCUAGUGGUGGGGGGGAAAAUGUUGCUGAUCCAUCUUUCAAGUUUCAUGACUAAAACAUUGACAGUGUUUUCAGUAAUUGUUCAAAGCAUGACACUACUGUAAUUGCAAGGCUGCAAAGAUGCCCAGAAGAGGAACAAUGAUGGCUUCAUGCCACCAGUUCUGUAGCCAAGUCCCAACAGGCUGCAAAAUCUACAAGAUCCUAGAGAAGAUCACUUUGCUGGGGUCUUAACGCUGGUCAGACCUGCUUCCCUGGGAGCUACAGCAGCUUAAAGCAACCUGGAGGUUAUCCUCAUGCUUUCUUAGUAGUAUUAAAGUAUUGCUCAUUUGUUCAAACCAGUCAGUGCCUAUUCUAUUUGGCUUCAUACAAAUGCAUCAGAAAAGAAGUCUAUGCCCCAAAGGCAAGGACUGCGAGAGACAACAGAAGGAGAAGGUGGGAAGGGGAACAAAGGCAAGAAAGGUGAAGUCAUUUGUCCAAGGUCACCAAAGUCAGAGGCAAAUGUGUAAAUAAAGGACAGACUGCCAGCACCCUGACUCUUGGUCUUCCCUGUAGUAGGAUCCUUUUUGUCCUGAAAAUGCAGAUGGAAAAGGGAAGAGUCUUACCUUCCUGCUAUUUUGAAUCAUUCAUGUAGAACACUGUAAUAAAUUAACAUUGUAAUCAGUGACAUUUUUCUAACACAUAUGCUUUUCUGAUGUCCCUUUGUUCACACCAGUAUGGUAAAACUUUUUUAGAUGCAUUUACCUUUGCAAGAUCUUUCCCAAUGUCUUGAACGUUGUUGAUUAGUUUUGGUACUUAAAUCUAUGGUUCUCACCCAUCUAAAUAAUCAUUAAAUAACAUCAGGUAGUAACCUGGAGGUUUAAAUGUUACUCCUGAAAAGAGUUUUUCUUUGGGUUUGCAAGAUAACAAUUUGGUUUCCACUUUUUUUCUUUUUUUUUAAUUGAUUUGUGUGCAUGUGCAUAUAUGUGUGCUUUUAUGAGUUACACCUGGACAGAAAUGGUGUUAAAAAUCUUCUGAAUAUCUACAAGAAGUGAUGUGAUUUUUGUGGGUUCUAUUGCAUCAGAUUUUACUUGGAUGACUUCUUUCUGUCAUAACAGGAAGAAAAUUGCUUUUUUAAUGUUUGCUUUGCCUGUUAACACUUUAAACUAGUGUACAUAAUUUUGAAAAAGAAACUAACUGAAGAGAAACCGUCCAGUCCCAGAAAUUUUCUGUGGAUUUUUUCUACCUGAGGAAAGUCGCGCUUUUGACUAAUUACCCCAGGUGCUGGGGUAAUGCCGAUUAGCCCACAAGGAGUGAAUGACACAAACAGUGCAGUGGAGGCCACUAGGAUUGCAUGUGUACGUGACUGUCCUCUGCCAUGAGUUAAGGUGAUGAUCUGUACCCUACUGCAGUUUCUGGGUGACAGUACCAAGAAGACAGCAUGCUGUGGGCAGCAUCAUACCAUGUGCAUCUUCUUGGCCUCAGUUUUGUCUUUGAACAUGACUGAAUGUAAUGGUAAAAAUCCCUUUGGGCAAUAUUAUACCCUAGGUUUCCGGCCACUGAGUUAAGCUAUCCCAGCCCUGUUCUGUGAGAUUUUGACUUCGGUGUUGGUAAUAUGCUAUUAUUUAAGUCUGAUGGCAAGACUGACUUUACGUGUGGAGCCACCACACCUUCAGUUCUGAUCGGACUAUGCUGAUUUUUUUUAACAAAUGUGGAUCUGGUCCUGAGACUUUGUUCAGCAUGAAGGACUUGAUUGAACACUUUUAUUCCCUCAGUUAUAUUGGCAUGUCUCCACUGACUGUCGUCUGAUCUGGGAUGUACAAUUCUGCGACAGCACAUAUUCUUGAAAGCUGAAUUUAAAGUAUGCUUAAAUAUUAAGUGAAUUUACCAUACAUUUUUGCUGAAAAUGUAGCAUCCCACCUAUUAAUUUUGGUUACUUACAUCCUAUGAGUUCCCAUGGUCGUUGGUCAAUAUACACUGGGUGGCACUGGCUUUGAAAUUGUUUUCUGAAGUGCUCUUAUCAGCCAUGUCAACCAUAAUGCUCAGCUAUAGUUGGAUAGUAAUUGCCUGUCUAUGCAGUGUUCCUUUACUACAAUUUUCUCCCGUGUAGCUAUAUAUAUGUAGUCAUUACUGAAAAGUGUAA